GCCAAACUGAGGAAAGUUCGCAAGAGGCGGGAGAUGCUGCUGCAACAGCUGGGCUUCGUCUGCGGGAUCCUCUUUUUCGUUUGGUGCAUGGCUAAGCUAGGACAAGAGUCAGCUGUUGUCAACCAAAGUGUUCUGUCAGAAUUAUGGAGGAAUAGAAAACUGAUGGCAUCACAUAAUGAAUCACACAAAAAGAACUGCACAGAGCCAGCGAUUCAUGAAUUUCCUCAGGAUUUUUUCAAAAACAAAGAAAGGCAGCAAGGAGCAAUAUUGCUUCAUAUUCUUGGUGCUCUGUAUAUGUUCUAUGCCCUGGCUCUUGUAUGUGAUGAUUUCUUUGUUCCAUCUUUAGAAAAAAUUUGUGAGAAACUACACCUGAGUGAAGAUGUUGCAGGAGCCACAUUCAUGGCGGCUGGAAGUUCAACCCCCGAGUUAUUUGCAUCAGUCAUAGGUGUGUUUAUUACUCAUGGUGAUGUAGGAGUUGGAACCAUUGUUGGUUCAGCCGUUUUCAAUAUCCUCUGCAUUAUUGGUGUCUGUGGAAUCUUUGCUGGGCAGGUAGUCCGUCUAACUUGGUGGUCUGUGUGCAGGGAUUCUGCCUACUACACUCUGUCUGUAAUAGUCCUUAUUGUGUUUAUAUAUGAUGAGAAAAUUGUAUGGUGGGAAAGCCUUAUACUCAUCAUUAUGUAUUUCUUCUAUAUACUUAUCAUGAAAUUCAACAUGAAGAUGCAGAAAUUCUUUACUAUCAAAAGUAUGAAUGUUGGUAAUGGCAACACUGUGAACAGUGAACUGGAAGAUGGUAAUAAACACUAUGACAUUAGUCAUGAUGAUCCAUCCAUCCCAUUGCUACGGAAAGUGAAAGGAACACAAGAGCCUGGACGCAAUUCUGUGGUGAUGGUCGAUGAGAUUAUUUGUUCCAGUCCUCCGAAAUAUCGUUUCCCUGAAGCUGGCUUGCGAAUAAUGAUUACCAAUAAAUUUGGACCAAGAACCAGACUACGGAUGGCAAGCAGGUUAAUUAUUAAUGAGCGUCAGCGUCUAAUUCAUUCUUCCAAUGGCCAGUUGAUUCAGAAUGGAAGACAUGAGAAUAUUGAAAAUGGGGCCAUCCAUGCUGAAAACCAAGAGGAAGCAGGACACAUUGCCCAGUCUCCAUUUUCACCACCAGAAGGAAAAAUGGAAAAAGUCAAAUGGAUCCUGACCUGGCCACUGAUACUUCUCCUCUUUUUCACCAUCCCAAACUGCAGCAAGCCACGCUGGGAAAACUUUUUCAUGGUGACAUUUCUCUUUUCCACAUUAUGGAUUGCUUUGUUUUCCUACUUUAUGGUGUGGAUGGUAACAGUGAUUGGUUAUACUCUAGGGAUUCCUGAUGUUAUCAUGGGCAUUACUUUCCUAGCUGCAGGGACUAGUGUACCAGACUGCAUGGCCAGUUUAAUAGUAGCAAGACAAGGAUUAGGUGACAUGGCAGUGUCCAAUACAAUUGGAAGCAACGUGUUUGACAUUCUUGUGGGGCUUGGACUUCCAUGGGGUUUACAGACUAUGGCAGUUCAUUAUGGCUCAUACGUUAAGAUAAACAGCAAAGGACUAGUUUAUUCUGUUGUGCUUCUCCUGGGGUCUGUAGCUCUUACCGUUGGCGGGAUCCACAUAAAUAAAUGGAAACUUGACAGGAAAUUGGGCAUCUAUGUGCUCACCCUCUAUGCCAUUUUCUUGUGUUUUCGAUUACUGAUAGAGUUUAAUGUCUUCACUUUUGUCAACUUCCCAAUGUGCCGAGAAGAUGACUGA